ACAAAGGAAAAACCUUCCGCAUAAGCGACAAGGAGAGCCUGAGCGGCGUUUAAUGCGGGUCCGUCUUUUCCCUUCCCCCACGGUCUCGUUCCUUCCGAAAAACCUUAACCCGGAUCCUUUCAUUAACAAGCAGCUUUGCAUGCCCAAGAUCACGCGGAGCGCAAUCCUAGGCAGGUCUACUCUGGAGUAAGGCCCAUUGAUCUCAGUGGGAUUUACUCCCAGGUAAGUGUGCACAGGAUUGCAGCCUUAAUGCGGAUUAGUCACCACCACCCUCGUAAUGCAGCCUUAACCUUCUCCUGCCCUGCUUUUGAGGAGAAUAGUAAAUUAAAACGUUGCAUGUUCGCUUAACAAAUGAAAUGAAAUAAUAUACUGGCGCGUAAAGAGAGGAUCCUAACCCGUGUUUUUGGGAUCGCGGCUACAGAACCGGAGUCUGUUUGGCUUUUGGGGGCUUUGGGCAGCGCAAAGGUGCGACCUUUUUUCAGGGGUUUGACAUUGGGAAUGAAGAAGGGAGCGCCUUGAAAACUGCUGGUGUUGCAAGAACGUGGAGGAAGACCAGAAGCCGCAACAGUGAAAUCAGCCGAGCAAGGGAAGGACAUCCAGUUGCUAAACCGGAUGCCUGGAGACAUUUGAGGAUGAGGCCGUGUGCAUUUCAUGAAGGAACAACAAAGAUCUGCUGAAUUCACAUUGAUGAAUUUUAUUCUGGGUGGUUACGCAGAAGAAUCACAGGAACAUGGCCUCAUUGGAGUUUCCCAGUGUGACAAUAAAACUAGAAGAUGAAGAAGAGAUACCGUGGCUUCCAAAUAACCAGGGAUCAGAGGAUAUUAAGAACUUCCCAGGUGACCGCUCAGCCGGAUUCCCUGUUCCCAAAAUGGAAGUGAUCCAUGGAGGAGAUCCAUGGAUUCCAGAGCCUGUUUCGGAGGAAAGAGAGAUCCCAACAGACUACAGCUCUGAACUUCCAGAUGUGAUAAUAAAGCUGGAACAAGAAGAGGUGCCGUACGUUCCCUAUCGGCAGGUUUCAGAGGCAAGUGUGAUGUUCCGAGGGGCCCGCUCAGGAGAUGGACAUGAAAGAAUCUUCAUGGGAGAAAUGCCGUAUUAUUCAGGCUGUGGGAGAAGCUUCAGCGAUAAACCGGACCUUAUCAAACAUGAGAGCCAACAUACAGUGGAGAAACCACACAAAUGCUCAUGCUGCUCUAAAAGUUUCAUGAAAAGAUCCAACCUUCGUACACAUGAGAGAAUCCACACAGGAGAAAAACCAUUUCGGUGCUCUGAGUGUGGGAACAGCUUCAGCGAUGGAUCCAGCCUUAUUAGGCAUAAACGGAAACACACAGGAGAGAAACCGUAUAGUUGUUCAGUAUGUGGGAAACGGUUCAACCAGAGUUCCAGCCUUAUCAGGCACGAGAGAAGCCAUACAGAGCAGAGACCUUACAAAUGCUUGGAAUGUGGCAAAAGGUUCAACCAGAGUUCAACCUUAGUUAGACAUGAGAGAAUCCACAGAGAACAAAAACUAUUUAAAUGUCCAGAUUGUGACAAAAGAUUUAUUCAGACCUCAAGCCUUCUUGCACAUCAGAGGAUCCACCGGGGUGAGAAACCAUAUAGCUGCUCAGUGUGUGAAAAAGGCUUUGUUCAAAGAUCAAACCUUCUUAUUCACGAGAUGAAACACACUGGAUUGAAACCAUUUAAAUGUUCAGACUGUGGGAAAGGGUUUAAUCAGAAUUCAAGUCUUGUCAUACACAGGAGAAUUCAUACAGGAGAAAAACCAUAUAAUUGUUCCCACUGCAGGAGGCCUUUCAGUGACAAGUCAAGCCUUAAUAAACAUGAGAGAGCCCACAGAGGAGACAAACCGUUUAAAUGUUCCACGUGUGGGAAAAGUUUUGUUCGGAAGUCACAUCUUCUUACACAUGAAAGAAUCCAUACAGGAAUAAAGCCCUUUAAAUGUUCAGACUGUGGAAAAAGCUUCAGCAGCCGGUCACAUCUUAUAAGGCAUGAAGGAACCCACACAGGGGAGAAACCCUAUGAUUGUUCUUUUUGUGGGAAAAGUUUCAACAGGAAAUCCAACCUGACAAAUCACGAGAGGACUCACACAGGAGAGAAGCCUUACAGGUGCUCCGACUGUGGGAAAAGCUUCAGUGAUAGGUCGAGCCUAAUUAAGCACGAGAGAAUCCACACAGGCGAGAAGCCGUACAGCUGCACGGCCUGCAAGAAAACCUUCAGUGAUAAAUCGAGCCUCAUCAGGCACGAGAGGAUCCACACGGAAGAGAAGCCGUAUAAAUGCUCGGAUUGUGGGAAAGGGUUCAACCAAAGCUCGAGCCUCAUUGUGCACGAGAGAACCCACACGGGAGAGAAACCAUUUAAAUGCUCCGACUGUGGGAAAGGCUUCAUUAGGAGAACGAUUCUUAAUAAGCAUGAGAGAACCCACACUGAAGAGAAGCAGUAAGAAGGCUGGCCCUGUGCAAUAGACAAGCUGUGGUUCAGGCCUUCUGAGACAUGAAGAAACUCUGCUGGAAGGAAAUUAUUAGAGCUAAUGUAGUAUAGCAAUGGAGCUGUGCGACAAAACAUCCCUGGUUUUCGAGAUUGCCUUUGCCAUGAUUUUAGGUGGCCUUAGGCACCAGCCAGUCCCCCAUCCUUUCGGACAUGGAUUCACACCUGGGCCCAACACAGAAUUGGGUCUGCUUAAAAUUUCAGCGAGCUAAGCAGGUUCAACCCCAGCGUUGGUUGGGUUGUGAUCCUGAUAUUUUUCCUUGGUGGAGAACAUGUCUGUGUCAGGGGGGAGGGAAAUGUACAAGGUGGUCUACACCAGGUGUAGGCAGACUUCAGGUUUUUGGGAUCUCCUUUUUUUUCUUAAUAUGAGCUUUGGGGUUUUUUUGCCCCUUUGUCCAGAAAUAAGACAAAAGGCUAUAGCAGAGAAGAAAAGCAUGCAAUUAAAAAUAUAAGCCUUUGUACAAAAAAAAGAAUAAAUGCAAAACUAAUGGCUGUAUCAUAAGAGAGCAUACUUUUUGCAUUACAGUAUUAUCAGUUAAGUGAGGCCUGUGGGCUGGGGAGCACAGAAGAGAGUAGGUGGAAGUUCCCUUCACUGUAACAGAUUAAAAAUCUGUGCAUGUGUAUUUAGGAAGUUCUUCCUUGUUGGCAGGGUGGGGGAGUCAAUGUAAGAUACAAAACAGAACCCAGUUGCCAUUGUCUUGGUGUUCAGACUGGAGUUCCUAGCUUGCCCAACAUUUUAGUUACUUUCUACAUCAUUUAUUUUCUCUUUUAUUAGAACCUUGAGUCUCGCCAAGGAGAUCCGGGUACAAAAUAUUUACUUAGGGGUGGAGCUAAAUGCAAAACAGUGGCUCGGGGUGGAGCCAAUUACCACCUGCACCCUACAAGCCAUACAGUGGGAGGACCUGUGUAUACAAUUUGCAAGUUUAUGCACGUGCAUAUAUAUACAUUUGAGUUACUCUUGAUCAGGGAUUUAAUUUGUGGGAGGGGAGGGACUCUCCAUAGGCAUCUGGUUGGCCACUGCGAGAACAGGAUGCUGGAUUAUAUGGAGUGAUCCAGCAGGGUGGGCUGUCUCUCUCUCUCUCUAGUUGUUAUUGUUCAACUGUUGGCAGUCAGCGACUCUUGGAGAUCUGUUGCAAAUUAUCCACUGAUGUCCCUAUCAAUCCCGGUCUACCUUCCUCUGCCUAACCCUGGGGUAAAAGAUCUUCCCACCAUGGUCACCUCCACAACAUACAUUUAAAGUGCAUGGCUUCUCCUAAAGCAUCCUGGGAACUGUAGUUUGUUAAGAGUGCUGGGAAUUGCAGCUCUGGGAGAGGUAAACUGCAGUUCCCAGGAUUCUUUGGCAGCGGGGCUUUAAGGCUGCAGGCUUUAAAGGUGGAGUGUGGAUGUGACCCACAUCCAACACUGCCGUCACGUCUUCACCCAUGGAUACCGUAUACUGUACCCUGUUCCCACCCUGAUUUCUUUCUCUCCUGUAUGCCAGUUAUACCUCUGUGGAGCCUCAAGGAAACGUCAGCUUGUAAAGCCGCCCGCGAUGUACUGAGGCAGAGGAAGACUCUUUUGAGUGACAAGGCAACAUGCAGCAGUAGCAAGGCUCAAGUAGGCAUCCUAAUAAAUAAUAGUCUCUCUAA